AUGGGCGAUGCCAGCAAGGAAGUCGUUAUGCUUUUCGACCCGUUGUCCAAGAAGCACUUGGAAGAAUUGGAACUCAUCAGAGAGGUCACUAAAGAGCUACAGAAGAAAAAAAAUGAGGAUUUAAAAAAAGCCUCAGCGCAAGCCGCCGCAGAUGUAGCAGCAGCCGAAGUAAAACCAGUCGAAGAUGCUGAACCUAAAGACACCAAA